UUUUCCUUUUCGUUGUCAACCAGCGGCAGGAGUGCUAUUGCUCGCUCGAUCAUACAUUUUUCAAACUAUAAAGACGAAUACCGCUACCAUACGAUAGCGUCUUGGACUUUUGUCUUCUAAUGGCGCAUGUUUGUGUUUAACAAUCUAUAGAACCUUAUUUAAUCUGUGACCAAGGGCAAGUUUAUUUCAGAUAACCCUACCUUAUAGCACGGUAUAGUUGAUUUGAGUAUGUUGCCAAUAAGGAAUGCAAAAGGUAAGUUUGGCGAAGGUUGCGUCCUUUCGUUUGGCGAAGAUGGAACACGCAUGAGGGAAGGGUAUCGGGAUUACGCAACUGCUAUAGAAAACUUUGAAAUUCGGGAUGACGACAUUAUCGUCGCGACUUUUCCAAAAUCAGGCACAACUUGGACACAAGAAAUGGUUUGGUUAGUAAAAAAUUGCAACAAUCUCGAAGGUAGCUCGGCCGAUAUCCAUCAACGGUUUCCCAUGCUGGAAGGAUGUACUCUUCAAUUUCCCUGUAAGACUGAGCACUGGCUUCGAGAUUCCAUCGAAUAUCUUAACCAAAUCAAAAAUCAAAGGUUUAUUAAGACGCAUCUCCCAUGUUCGUUAUUGCCUAAUGAUAUAAAGUACCACAGAAAAACUCCAAAGAUCAUCUACGUAGUGAGGAACCCGAAAGAUGUCUGUAUCUCCUAUUACCACCACUUCCGCAAUAUCGUCGGAUUUAAGGGCGGUGUAGAAGAUUUUUUCGAACUUUUCAUCAAUGACACAAUUCUUUACGCGCCUUAUUGGAAACACGUUAUUGGAUACUAUAAUAUCAAACAUUUAUCAAACGUUCUCAUAAUCAAGUACGAAGACAUGAAGCGUGAUCUCAAAGCCGUAAUUAUAAAAGUCCAGCGAUUUCUAGAGUCGGAACCAUUGACAGACAAACAAUUGAGGUUGAUAUCUCAACGGUUAGAUUUUGAGUUUAUGAAGGAUAAUGAGUUUGUGAACCAUCAAUCGUUCAUAGAUGCAAGAAAAAGAGAAAUCCCUCAGUUGACAGGCCGUUUUAUGAGAGCAGGAUGCAACGGUACUUACAAGCAAGAAAUGUCCACAGACCAGAUAUUGAAAUUUGAUAAGUGGAUCGAAAAAAACAUAUCGAAUACCGAGUUAAACGACCAGUACUGGUUUGGAAAUUUCAAUGAACCGCAGCAUUUAGAUACUUAGUUGGCGAAUAUGAUACGAUUUUGGAAAGUUCUAAAAUUGUAAGACCUUGUUUUAACAAUGCCCUCAUAAAUAUGGGUUUUCUCGUCUGAAGUACCUGACAUAAUUUUUACUUUAAAAUAUGUAAACAUAUACAGGAUACCUACUUCAUCUAAAUAAAUGUCAUUUUGUUGUCUCGGUAA